GUGAAUAAAUAAAACAGAGAGAACCUGCAGUCCGAGAAAAACCAAAAGAAAGUGGCUCCCCCACUGACAAGAAAGAGAGAUCUUUGAUCUCUGACUUGGUUUCUCUUUUGUUCUCUCCAAAAACCCAGAAAGUAUGGUGUUGAAUCAGAGCUUCUGCUUCUGCUUUUCCAUUGUUUUCCUUUUCCUUUUUCUGGGUCUUCCUGCUUCUUCUUCCUCACCAACUUUCAUUUCAGAUGGUGUCUUUGAAUCUCAGGCUUCUAUUGGCCGGAACUUGCUGCAGGCCAAGAAAGGUUGCCCAGUGAACUUUGAGUUUUUGAACUACACGGUUAUCACAAGCCAAUGCAAAGGACCCCAAUACCCUGCUAAACAGUGUUGUGAUGCAUUCAAGGAAUUGGCUUGCCCUUACGCAGAUGUGAUUAAUGACUUGACAAAUGAAUGCGCUUCAAUUAUGUUCAGCUACAUCAACCUCUACGGAAACUACCCACCUGGACUUUUCGCCAAUGAGUGCCAUGACGGAAAAGAAGGUCUGAUAUGCCCUGCAUUACCACCAUCUGCAGUGGCCAAUGAUGUAAAUGGGGCUCAUACCAUACACUAUCCGUCUCCAUUGCUAAUGCUCGCUGCGGGCUUCCUAGUGUUGUUCCGGUUACUAUAAAUUUUUUCCGGCAAUUAAUAUAUUCUUAUGACGUGAGAAAUUUACAAUUUUUUUCAUUCAUCUGGUUUUCAUCCAUGUUUUUCCUCAAGUGCUAGAGCUAUAAGAUUCAUUCCAUUUAAUUAUCAACAUGGGUGGCAUUUGUAAUUUGCCAUAUUUAUAAGUCCUUUUGUGCAAUACCUUGACAGCCAUAAUAUAGUGCAGAAUUUUUCAAUUUCUUGA